GUCUGAGGCUUGCUAGAUGCCGGGAAAGAAAGGCUGAGAAGCGUUAGUUAGCUAUCUGACCACAAGAACUGAUAAUGGAAUUUUCCCCUGGACCAGGAACUACAUGAAAGGCUAAUUUGUUCUAAGGGGCUGCCAGUGAGGACAAUACCUUUUCAUAUUUAUAUGUGGCAAAUGCUGGCACUUAACAGGAACUCAGAUAAGAGUUUGUUGAUUUGGGGCUGCUGGUGAGGGCUCUAAUUGUAGCCCUUCAGGGGGGUGAGGUAGGGGAUGGUAACUUUAACUUCAAGGUCUACCUUUGUUUAUAGAGUGAGUUCAAAGCCAGGCCGGGAAACUUAGUGAGAUUGCCGGCUAAAAAUACAGGGCUGAGGAUGUAGCUUGGUGGGAAGGCUCUGUCUUAGCUCCAAGCGCUGGGUUUAAUAUGUAGUGUGACAAAACAAACUCGUUUGUUGAAAGAACACAACUCAUCUAGGGGAGGAUUUAAAAUGUAAAAUGCACAUCCCAGAGGAUAAAGCGCACUCUAUGCUUACUUUAGUAGCAUGGAGAAAUGUAUUUUUCAAAUGUGAGAAAUUCCUUCCUUGUGAGAGAAAACUUUUCAGUGCCUUCAGUUCAACACUGGGACUCAAAUUCCCCUCAGCUAGAAAACAGAGUCGACUGCAUGACAAGAACCAAGUGGGGGUGAAAAGCAUGGGUGAGGGAAACCCAGACCGGACAAUCCAGGUAAUAGCUACCCCACCCCCCACCUCAGUUUGUGUAGUCAGUUCUGAUUGGCUGGAAAGACCGUGCUCUCUCUUAGUGUCUACUCCCUUGUAGCUCAUGCUCUUUACCGCUCUUUUAGGUGAGUUUUGUCAGCUAAGCCUUAGAAAAAGAGAUUGAGGCUCAGAGAACAUUGACAGAGCCAGCCACUGGCAGAGCUGCAAUUCCAAAGUGGUGCCCUGCCCCUACACAUCGGGCCGCCUCAGGCCAUUCUGGGCUUCCUCUCCCUAGUGUCCCUCUUCCGUAUUUGCUGUGUGUAGGGGGUUGGAUGUAUUCUCAUAGGAGUGUGGCUGGCUCAGUCUAUGACCAGAUAAACAAAAGCACCAGUCCCUACAUGCCCAGCCGGACUGUUCAGCCCGUGGUAGCUAUACUGUACUUUGCCCUAAUGAAUCAGCUCUGUGGAGGCCGGGCAGUUGCAAAGGUAAGUAAUUGGCUGUAGAUUUGAAGGCCAGGUGAGUCGUGGUAGAUGUGGCACCUGGACUUUGUCAGUCUCUAAGAGGGGAGAAAGCAGUCCUCAGCAGGUCCCUAGAGCAACGCUGAAGGAAGGUGGAGAGUCAGCAAAGCAGGAAAUUAAAUAAUUACAUAACAACCUCAAGACCCAAAGGGGGAAAAAAUCAAAGGGUCAGAGAUGGAACUUUGGGUUCCUCAGACACAAGGAAGGACCACGGGACCAUCAAGGGAUGCAAAUAGAAGACUUCAGAGUGGACAUUAUAGACCCCGUCCUCACCCUCAGUACAGCGGAGAUAACUACCACCAAUGGCAGGAUACCCACAAGAACUCAAAGCCACAGCAGGACCCCAGGGAUGACCACCAACAGCCACACUAUGUACCCAGGAGUGGGGAGUGGUCCCAGCCUGUGUCUGGAGCUGACUACUUGAAAGGAUCUUAUCCCAGUCACCCAUACUCAAGGUCAGGCUACGAGGACCCCUAUCAGAGCUACCACACUCCGACACCGAGGGAUGAGUACGCUUAUGGAAAUUACUACUACCACGGGCAUCCACAGCUGCCGCAAGGAGAAAGAGUGGCAAGGCAAGGGAGUCCUUAUAUCUGGCAUGAAGAUCACAGAGACCAAAGGCACUUCAGUGAGCAUCAUUGGGAAAAGCACAACAGUACAUUUGAAGCAAACAGUGACACCCAAUUCCAAUUUACCAGUAAGAAUCCAUACAAUGACAACCCUGCUUCCGCGUUUGGACUGGAGCAGCCUGGGGAGUUCUUUCCAGAGAGUGGAGCCCAGAAACAAAAGCCAUCGUUGACCAGCAAAUCCAACCUUCUCCAACAGCACGAGUCUGGGCUCAGCUCUAGUAGCUAUGAGCUCAGUCAGUACAUGACCGAGGCCCCUGAGCAGUAUGAACCUAUGGUGUCAGCAACUUGGAGGCCUAUUCAAGCUGAUGACACCUCAGCGACCGUUCCCAAGGCACCCAUGAGGUUCUACGUUCCCCACGUGUCUGUGAGCUUUGGGCCAGGAGGCCAGCUGAUAUGUGUGUCCCCCAACUCUCCUGCUGAUGGACAAACGGCCCUUGUUGAAGUGCACAGCAUGGAGGUUAUACUUAAUGAUUUUGAGGAUCAAGAGGAGAUGAGAGCUUUCCCAGGGCCCCUCAUCAGGGAGGACAUACACAAGGUGGAUAUCAUGACAUUUUGUCAGAAGAAAGCAGCUCAGUGUCUCAAAUCUGAGACGCCAGGGAGCAGGGACUCAGCUCUGCUUUGGCAACUGCUGGUUCUCCUUUGUCGACAGAAUGGGUCCAUGGUGGGGUCUGACAUUGCCGAGCUGCUGAUGCAAGACUGCAAGAAGCUGGAGAAGUACAAGAGGCAGCCCCCUGUAGCCAACCUCAUCAACCUGACUGACGAGGACUGGCCGGUGCUGAGUUCUGGGACUCGCAACCUGCUCACUGGGGAGAUUCCCCUCAACGUGGAUACGCCUGCGCAGAUCGUGGAGAAAUUCACCAAUCUGCUCUACUAUGGAAGGAAGAAGGAGGCCUUGGAAUGGGCUAUGAAGAACCACUUGUGGGGCCAUGCCUUGUUCCUAGCCAGUAAGAUGGAUCCAAGGACCUACAACUGGGUCAUGAGUGGCUUCACCACUACGCUGGCGCUCAAUGACCCUCUGCAGACCCUCUUCCAGCUCAUGUCAGGAAGGAUUCCACAAGCAGCCACGUGUUGUGGAGACAAACAGUGGGGAGACUGGCGGCCCCAUUUGGCUGUGAUCCUGUCAAAUCAGGCCGGAGACGCAGAGUUGUACCAGCGAGCGAUUGUCAGCAUGGGGGACACCCUGGCUGGAAAAGGGCUUGUGGAGGCAUCUCACUUCUGCUACCUCAUGGCUCACGUGCCCUUCGGCCACUAUACGGUGAAGACAGACCAUCUGGCCUUGGUGGGCAGUAACCACAGUCAAGAGUUUUUGAAAUUUGCAACAAUUGAGGCUAUCCAGCGGACGGAAAUCUUCGAGUACUGCCAGAUGCUGGGCCGCCCCAAAUCCUUCAUCCCGUCCUUCCAGGUGUAUAAGCUCCUUUAUGCUUCCCGUCUGGCAGAUUACGGCCUGGCAUCCCAAGCCUUGCAUUACUGUGAAGCCAUUGGUGCAGCUGUCCUGAGCGAGGGAGGGAGCAGUCACCCCGUGCUAUUAGCGGAGCUCAUCAAGCUUGCAGAGAAACUGAAGCUGUCGGAUCCUCUGGUUUUAGAAAGCCGCCGUGGGGACAGGGUCCUGGAACCGGAUUGGCUUGUGCAACUGCGGAGGAAGCACAAGGAACUGGAGCAAACUAGAACUGGAGACCUCAGAGAUCCUGAUCUGACUCCUUCAGAUAUUUAUGGAGCCAGAGGAACAACAGACACUCCCUACCGCGAUCUUUAUGGCCAGCAAAACUACUCAGAAGACUCUGAGUACAGCUCAGCCUUGUGGCCAACAUCUGAGCAGACAAGCCUGACCAAUCCCACCCCACAGCAGCCUUUCCCCCUGCAGCGAGAUACCUACUCAGAGAGAGAUGGCCCAGUACACAUGGGGACCCCAGUGCCUCUUUACUCAGUUCCUGCAACCCACCUGACAGUGAUUAGUGGCUCCAGUAGUGGCAGCGGUGUGGCAGUGACAGGGGCUCCUGGAGGAAGGGUUGGAGAGGAGAUGCUGCAGAAACAUCCUGCCCUUGGAGAGAACACAGUGCCUCAAGAAGCCGUGCAGGAUCCUGAUGGUCUAGCAGUCAUUUCCAGUCCUCAGACACCACUGGCUCCCAGGGAUCGAAGUUUUUCUGAGGAUUCUGCCAUUUCAGCCAAGGAGGAUGAGGAGGGCACUUCUGAUGGAGCAGACAAACCACCUCACCCUGACGCUUCACAGAAAGAAAAGCUGAGAGAUGGGAAGAAUACAAAGAGCUCUGGAUUCGGCUGGUUCAGCUGGUUUCGAUCAAAGCCUGCCAGCAGUGUGUCCACCUCUGGAGAUGAAGACUCUGUGGACAGUUCUGACUCAGAGCAGGAGUCUCCCAGAGCAUCACCUCCUCACCAUGCCAGCCUGGGCCUCUCACCAACACCUCCUCUCUCAUCCCCAUCUCUGCCAGGUGCCAGCACCUUCCCGAGAGGCACAGGUGGGAAUAGUCUCCAGGGAUCCUCAAACAGCAGUGGAAUGGCUGAAGGCGUGGGGAUUGGAGGGUUCUCGGGGCCACAGGGCGUUUCUUCUGAGUUCUACUCCCAGCCUGGUGCCCUGCCUCCUCCACCUACCUUGCAAGGUGCUGUUCCUCUCUACAAUCCAUCUCAGGUCCCUCAGCUUCCCACUGCUAGUAGCCUGAACCGGCCAAACCGCCUAGCCCAGCGCCGCUACCCAAGCCAACCAUGCUGAGAGCGACCGUCUGUCCCAGGGCCAUGAGGAUGACCACCUACCCAUCCUGGGCUCCUCUUCUGGAGCACAGCUUUCCUGUUGCUUUCUACUUCUCAGUGUCACCUCACCUCGUCACGCUCAGGCCCGUGUCGUGAGCCUGCUGCACGGGCAUACCUGGAGUUUGAGGACAGGAUAUCCUAGACAACAACUUGGUCCAGUCUUCAGCUUAGUUUGAGAGUGAUGGAAAUUGUCUCAUUAGACGGAGGAACGGGGGCCAAUGUCUAUGGUAGAGUGUCAUGGCAGCAGACUUGAGGUAGAAGCUUGAGCACCUCGGGAAAGCGAGGGCCCCGAGAAUCCCGGGUGAAAACCGGAGAUGACACUACCCGGCUGUACAGUAGGAGCUCAGAGCAAUGUCCCAGAAUAACUCAGACUCCCUCCAUAGAUCCGCUUAAAGACCAGUUUAUGGCUCUUGUUAGUGAAGUUUUUACAUUGAAUUUGAUUAUCGCUGCCCUUCAGUGAUUCCCUUUUCAAUGACAUUUCAGCAAUUUUCCUCCUGGUCCUAGUUUUGCGCACAUUUUCUGUGUGGUUCAGACUAAUUAUAUUUCUCUCACUUUCUUAGCCGGUCCUAUUUUUUUUCACAUUCUGACAUCUGGCUAUCAAGUUAGAUUGCUGUAGGCAUUGUAUUGUCAUGGUAACUACUGAACCUAAUGAUGCAGAUGGAGGAACAUCAGUAUAAUAAAUAGUGGAAAACGUUUCCUAAGACGUCAUCCUUUCCAUAAGAGGGGAGGGAUGGGCGCUUCAUAUUGCUAAUACCUGCCUUCCUACCUCAGGCCUUUGCAAAUCGAUGUUCUGUGAGGGUCACCGGGGCCCCAUGGAGGAGAAAGCUGUCUUGGAAAUUUCCAUUUUUUCCUUUCAAACCUCAAAUAGAAAUGCUUCUUGCUGUUUGUCAGAUUUGCUUAAAAUUGCUCGUCACAAAGAACAUUUUUUGUAUGUGUAAUUGUACAUAAAAGUUUUGUACUUUAAUGUACUAUGGUUCUGAUGUUGAUAGCGAUUAAAUCCAGAUAAUUUUAUAGCAAA